AGAAUACCAUGCGUCAUGUUGCCAUAGUUACGGUCAGACCUUUGUUGAUGAAAACUUGUAACGAAGCUUAAAAUGACCUGAAAACCCUUAAACAUUUAUUAUUCGUUUGAAAAAAUGGCCAGCGUCCUCAAAAAUAAAGACGAAGUUGGGAAUAUUUUAGUAAAGGUCCAGGAUGAUUUAAGACAGCUAAAAAAGAAUAUUGUUCAAUUUACUGUGCAAGAAAAUGGAGAAAUUUUGGAUAUUCAAGCUCUGGAUGCAGCCAUCAUCAGGACAGAAAAUGGAAUAAGGAGACACGCAGAGGAUUAUCUGAAAACCAUCAAUAACCAGGUUUUGACUCUACCUUCUAUUGAAGAGCCUGAAAAGAAGACUGCUCAUCCGAAACUUGUUACGUGGCAACCACCAUACGAAGCAUUACCAAUUGCACAUCCACAUAGAAGCCCGAUUCCAGGUCCAUCUCCAGGGGAAAAGCACAAGACAGCAUUUAUCAUGCGUCUGCUACAUAACCCUUUUCAUCCAAGGAACAAGGAGAUUUUCCAACAAAAUUAUGGGAUUCAGCUUCCUCACCUGCAAAAGAGAACUAGUAUUGGGAUUCAAAGAGUGGUCACUGGCUCCAAUUUGGGGAAUUUUGCCAUUGCACAUCUACAACCCAAACCACCACCUGAAUGCCAAGAUGCAGUUGCAGAGCUGCAGCCCUCCGCAGCCGACCUCUCUUCAGUUCAAACCCCAGUACAGCCCAAAGCUGUCCAUGUGCUCCAGAGAGAGGACAGUGGCCAAAGUAAGAUGGAUGAGUCAAAAAAGGUUUAUAAGCAGGAGAUGGAUGUGAGAAGAGAUGGAAUGGCUCUUAGAAGAUCAGCAAUGGAGAGUGCAGAAUCCAGACUCCUUCGCGCUCCUCCACCUUCAGCUGCUUCUGCUAGCUCUGACAACAGAGUACUGACUCGAGGUUUAGCCAGACUCAGCCCAAUUAACCCACAGAGUCUUCCAGUGCCAGCUGUUGUCAGCAAAUAUCCUUUCACCAUAGUUGAUGGUCAGAUUGACCCGGAUGCUGCUGACUUCUGUCGGUAUAAAAAGCAGUAUUGUCUGUACUGGGGUGCGAUGGUAGAAGCUCUUGAGCGGCUGCAGAGGAUGCUGUUGGACUUUGCUGUGCCACUGGCGCGGGUGUGCGGGGAGAGGCUGGCAGCUUGCGUGCAGAGUGGUGAGCUCAACUGGAGAGACGGCAGGGGCCGGUGCACCCAUGUGGAGAAGCUGCUGUCGGUGCUGGAGAACAGGGAUGAGGUAUGGGACCUGAUGUGUCAGCCCGGCCAGCGCUACAAAGGCAACGGGGGGCAUCAGGCAGCGGCUGUGCGCAUCCAGACCUGCUGGAGGCGUUACUCUGCCCGUACCGCCUACCUGAUCCGGCUUAGGUCCAAAUGGGCGGCAGAAAUUAUUGCCAUGUCUCUGCUGAAACGUGCCAAACUGUGCCAUUUGAAGAAGAGUCUGCAGGCCUCACGUCUUCGGCAGCUGGAAAACUUCCACAGCAGGGCAGAGAGUCUGGCAACCAACUGGAAACACAUCACCUCCGCCAAAAGGACUAUCAUCCAUGUCCCAUCACUGGGAUAUUCCCAGCCUCGACGACUCAGUCUCAGAGGAUAUGAUGUGCUGCAGAAUACCCAGAUGGGCCGACUGUGUGACAUCAGAGAUGAGAAUGUGGAGGUCAUCUAUGUGUCUCCGGUGCGCCUGGGAGAGGAUGUUCUCCAGUAUUACACUCGUCUGCUGGGCCUGCAGACCGCCAUUGAACUGGGUGAUGCUUCUGCAACUGAGUCACACUCUGCCAAACGCUUUACCAUCCUCAUGCCAGAAGCACUGGAGGACUUUUCAACCCGAAACUUAUGUCUAGCUUCGCUCCUGAAAUACAGUCCACGAACUCUAAAGCGCAUCAAGAAUUUGAUCAAGGGAAAACAGGCCUACAUGAUCAGCGGUGUUACCCACACUGAUGACCUGGCUGUGGCAGAUGAGCUACAAAUUCCUCUUCUGGGCACAGACCCUGUGGUAACCCAGCUCUACUCCACUAAAUCUGGAGGGAAAAGAAUCUUCAGUAGCGCAGGAGUCGACAUGCCUCCAGGAAAGUGGGAUAUAUACACCUUGGAAAAGCUCUAUGAAGGUCUAGCUCAGCUGAUGGCAAAGCACAUGGAAGUCCAGCGAUGGCUUUUUAAGAUAGACAGUGAAGUGGGUGGACGGGGAACUGCUUAUGUUGAUGUCUGCCAUCUGAAAAGUCGCCCAUGGGCACAACAGGAGUUUAUCCGCCAUGAGCCUCAACAAUGGAGAACAUCACAGUCUCAGGAUUCUGUGAUGAUCAAGUUUUUAGAGGAAGUUCCUCAUCUUUUGGCAUCUUACGCCAGGCUGGCAAACACAUCCUGCUACAAAACAUGGGCCUGCUUCCUUGAACACUUCCUCAAAGAAGGAGGAGUGAUAGAAGCCUUUCCUCCUUCACAGAGUUUGACGUGUCUGGCGGUGGAUCUUCUGUUGGAGCCAGGCGGAGAUGUGCUCAUGCUGUCCUGUGGAGAUCAGCUGCGUGGGCCUAGUGGCUUGGAGGUGUUGGGCUGCACUGUACCACAGACCUCCAUCUGCCCUGAAGUCCUGCACUCCGUCUGCACUCGUGUGGGUCAGGCCUGUCAGCAGCGCUCCAUCAUGGGCCACAUCUCUUUAGAUCUGGUCACUUUCCUGGAUCCCAACAACCUGGAGCAGCAGGUUUGGGCUAUUGAUCUUGACCUGGGCUACAGUAACCAGUUGGCCAUGACCCAGCUGAUGCUCAUGAUGACGAGGGGGACGCUGAACUGCCGCACCAGUAAACUGGAGGUUCCUCCUUCAGUGAGAGAAAUCUCUGUAAAGAAGUCAUCUGUACACCAUACUAGAAGGCAACCCAAAUCUGAAACCUCAGUGACCAGUCGAUUUGCAGUGAUGUGCACCCGGCUUCUUCACACCAAUCUGCCUUUAGUAUACUAUAGCACGUUUUUCCUGAUGUGCAAAGCGCAGGGCAUAGGCUAUGAUGUCAAGGCAAGGCAAGGCACUGUGUUUGCCCUCCAUGACAGCAGAUACAGAAGAAGUCUCGGCAUGCUAACAAUCUCGGAGAAUCUCCAGGGAGCGUUGCUGACCUUUGCUCGAAACCUGUCAAUCAUUCAUCAGGAAAUAUCAGCUCCAAAUAUGCAGGGGGCAAGCAAUUUUAAGGAGCUUAUCAAGGACAUUGAAGAGGUCUUGGGCAUGACCAUACAAAAUCAAACCGCAUCUCAAGAAGAAAAGGAGAUUACUGGAGUCGGAAGCGAUUGGUUAUCAACUCAUAAACUACAUCAACACAAAAUGAGUCAAUGUACAAAGCCAAUCCUACAAUAGCGUUUACACCUUGAGUUAUAAUUGCUUUCACCAAGCCUUUAAAUAUAAUAUAGACAUAAAACUCAGUUAAAGCGGAAAUGUGGUUAACAUGUAGUAAAAUUAAAAGGAGAAACACACUUGCACAUUGAUUUGUCCAUGGCCUUUUUUUAGGCCAAACUAUAGUGAUCUAAAUCUAUUGUGCCUCUUCCCGCUCUAUGAAGAUGAACAAUAAGACCUUGGAUAAUUACAUUUAAGUCACAUCUGCCUUUUAGGAAAUCUUAGUUAUUUAUGAGUACAGAUGAUAUAAAUAUGCAGUCAAAGACAGUACAUUAACAUUCGACACAGGCGCGAUGCUACGAGGGGGAGGGGCAAAAGGGGGCAUUGCCCUCUCAGAAAGAAUUUGUUUACUUAAAACUGAAAAUUUCCACAGUAAUCAACACUAUUAUUAUUAUUAUAUUCAUUAAUAUUAAUAUGAACCUAUAAAAUUGACAAAACGCAGAAAUAUUUUGAAUGUUUUUGUUUAUUAUGAAGUUGCUAAAGCCAAUUUUACAGUGUGAAAAUAAUUAAGCAGCAGCAGUCUCAAGUUAGGACACUUAAAAAUGCCUUUUGCGUUUAAAAUGUAACUAAUUUCCAUGUUAAUAUCUGUGAAUUUAGGGGGAUUUUUCUGUGUUUUUCUGGCUAAACUAAUGCCUUAAUGUAAGUAAGUGACACAUUCAGCUAAUUUAUUUUUUAUGACAUUAGAUUGUAACAUUUAUAUUUUUCCUAACUCUGAUAGAUGAUUAGUUGAGCAAUAGGCAACGUGAAGCGUGAUGACUCGGUUAUGCAGCUUUCCCUAUUUAUUUACUGGUUAUACGAAUAGUGGGUUAGCUUGCAUGUGUUGUCAAAGUUUGAAGUUUUUACCUAAAACUUUAAACAUUUAAACUGUUUGGGAAGAAAACCAAAAGAAAAAAGGAGAAUAAAAUACAAUUUAAAGCACUCCUUUGGCUCUGAUGCCAUGUCUGUCUGCAUUAAUAAACAACAUCAUUGCAUUACCUUUAUUAAUAAAAUUAAUUAUAGCGAAACUGCACAUAUUAUUAUUAUUAUUAUUACUAUAAAAACUAUAUUACUGCCUUAAGUCAGUAACUUAGGCAGUAAUGCAAAGUAAUAAUAGAUAUAUGAAUAUACUGUAUAGCGCAAAUGAAAGGAACAAGGGGGGACCAAAAUCAUUCACCAGGUCUAGUGCCCCCCUAUGGGAUUAAAAUGCCCCCUCAGUUAUAACAUCCUGGCGCCGGGCCUGAUUCAAUAAAAUGACUGUGCAACUUUAAUCAUAAUUAUACAUGCAUAUGAAUUCAGCAGAUGAUUUUGCUAAACUAAGACAACAUAAGAUGCAUGUGUUUUCCAGCAGUACAUGAAAAAGUUAUCACAGUUUAAAAAUCAACUUUAUUUAUGUGUUAAUGAACAUCAAAACACAAAACAACACAUUUCUUGAGGAAAUUAAAAUUACAGAUUGCACAAUAUUGGAAACAUUUAACAUUGCGAUUGCGUUACUGUGCGACUACAAUUUCACCAGAUGACUUAAUAUCUCUGUUUGAAAAGAAUUUAUAAUGUUAGACGGAUAGGCAAGAUUAUGCAGUGGGAGUGCAUCUCUAUAAAAUCUAAAAAACAAUCUUUAACAUUUUUAGGGUCCCCCGACACAUUUUCUUUGUUGUCUGUACUAUUAGCAGUGCAUUUCUGUAUUCGAAUGUGUUGUGAGUAUUUUCAUGCACAUGUUUAGUCAGAGAUUGCUAAAUUAAUGUUUACUGUUUGCAUCUCCAUACAAUUUAAUAAACAAUCUAUAGGCUUUUGGGGGCCCCAGCACA